AUGACUACCAACAAUCACCAUCAAGCACGCCCGAGUCUCUCUAUGUCCUAUUCUCAGGGUAGUAUAGGGUCGGCGAACGGCAUGUCUUUCUCACAAUCACAACUGGGCUCCUUCAACGCUUCACAAUCUGUCGCUUCAACACCGCGUGCUACUCCUCCCCCGAAGAGCUCUCAGCAGUCGGCCAUGUCGUUCAAUUAUCCUAACGGCAUCCCGAACGGCACGCGGGCUAGUUUCAAUGGGUUUGAGGAUAUGAAUGGUUAUGGAACAAUGAUCUACCACGAGGAAUUCAGGCCUCAGAUUUACAGGGCCGUCUAUUCCAAUGUUUCGGUAUAUGAGAUGGAAGUGAAUGGAGUCGCUGUGAUGAAGCGACGCUCUGAUUCUUGGCUCAAUGCUACCCAAAUUCUCAAAGUUGCUGGCGUGGUCAAGGCGCGAAGGACAAAGACCCUAGAAAAGGAAAUUGCGGCCGGUGAGCAUGAAAAGGUCCAAGGAGGCUAUGGUAAAUACCAAGGAACAUGGGUGAAUUACCAAAGGGGCAUGGAGCUGUGCCGCGAAUACCAUGUUGAAGAGUUGUUGAGGCCCCUUUUGGAAUAUGAUAUGAACCCUAACGGUACCACGGCGUCUGGCCCUGACUCUUUGGACACCCCGACGAAGGAGCAGGCAAUGGCAGCGCAAAGGAAACGGCUGUAUAGCGGCAUGGACAACCGGAGCGGGCCCCAACCCCAGCAGGGAACUUUCUUUCAAAAUAUCUCGCGUACCGCUGCUACCGCAGUCAAUGCCAUUAGCAAGGCCCGGUUUGAAUCUCCCGCCGGGAGAGGCGGCGAUAGCAGACGAUCCAGUGUUAUACGGAAACCGUCACAGCAGAUGGGCAGCCAAGAAGCACAACCACCCUUCGGAAGCCAACAAAGCACGUACAGUAUUGCAUCUGAUAGCGGCUUUGGGAGUAAUAUUCCGGCGAAUGGCCGCUAUACAGCGCAAGAUGCCAUGAGCUUUGACCAGGAUGAAUCAAUGGAGCCGCCGCGCAAGCGCAUUCGUUCUUCGCAGCCGCUCAGUUUUCCUGUUGAUGUCGCGUGCAUGUCAAUGAAUGAACCUACCCCUACCGAGCCAAAUGAUUCGUUCUACCAGGACAUGGAGCCAUUAAACCCUAUUAUGGACGACAGCAGACAUGGCCUUGAUCCUCUCCCUCCAGCCACGACACCCGAAAGGUUCCAGAAGAUGAAGCUGAUCAUGACUCUCUUUUUGGAUAAGAUGACCAAGGAUUUCUCAACUCACCCGGCGUUAGUUCAACUAUCAGGUGAAGAUUUGGAAGUCCCACUUGACGAAUAUCGGAACAAUUCAUUGCACUGGGCGGCUAUGCUUGCUCGUAUGCCACUCGUCCAUGCGCUUGUCAAAAAGGGUGUUAGCAUCUCCCGGCUUAAUGGGGCAGGAGAGACGGCUCUGCAGAAAGCUGUUGGCACCCGGAAUAAUCUUGACUACCGAAGCUUUCCUCGUUUGCUGCAAGUUCUAGCCCCAACAAUUGACGUGGUUGACCGGAGUGGGCGGACAAUUUUGCAUCACAUUGCAGUGAUGGCGGCAACGGGCCAUGGGGGCCAUGUGUCGGCAAAACACUAUCUCGAAGCAUUGCUCGAAUUUAUCGUUCGCCACGGUGGUACAUCGCUCAAUCAACAAGGACUGAAUGGCACUGCAAGCCAACCAGGCACGCCACUUCCUAUUGAGGUCAUUACCCUGGGACGAUUCAUUUCAGAAAUUGUCAAUCUUCGCGAUGACCAAGGGGAUACGGCACUUAACCUGGCCGGCCGUGCGCGAUCUGUUCUUGUCCCACAGCUGUUGGAAGUUGGUGCAGAUCCUCACAUUCCUAAUCACACCGGUCUUCGCCCGGCUGAUUAUGGCGUUGGCGUGGAUAUGGUAGAUGGCAGCUCCCAACAAGAUGGGAGUCGAAAUGAUACAUUUGCCGAUCAAUUAGCAAAGACACGGAAAGAAAUUCUUGACGCAACGACGGCACAAGUCACUGCCAUCAUCCAGGAAACAUUAGGGUCGUUCGAUAAAGACUUGGCCUCAAACUUAACCACGAAGCAAGAGAAAUUCGAUCACUGGCAUGCAAAGAUUCGGGAGUCAGCAAAGGCUCGACAAAUAGAGCAGAAACAAUUGGAUGAACUGAAACGCAAGUCUAUCGAUAAGACAGAAACAAGCAGGCGGUUAAAGAAUUUGGAGAAGUCCUCGGCGGAGCUUCUUGUGGUCCUCAAAGGGAUGUCCGCGGAUGCAGUCGACCUAUCGAAGCCAGUAUCGCUCGGUGAUGCGGAUAAAGAAUCUGGGGUUGAAAUUGUUGAGUUCGAAACCAUCUUUCCAGAAACAUUUGAAGCCAUGUCUGGUUUUUCUGAAGCCCAAGUUGCGUACCUUCGCAGAUUGCCGUCUCCCGAGGUUCUCCAGCAAUGGGUAAAUUGUUAUCGGGCGUUUAAUAAGGAAACCGUGGACGAAGUUGAGGGUCUCAAAUCUAAGAACGUGGUGCUCGGCCAAAACUACCGUCGGAUGGUUAUGGCUUGCACAGGUUGGUCGGCCGAGCAGGUGGAUGAAGCUGCUGAGGGACUAACACAAUGUGUCAAGGAGAUUAACGACAACCCAGUCCCCGAGGACGAGGCCAUCGAGAUCCUAAUGAGAGAUCGAGGUCAGGACUGGUGA